UUCAAUUCCUCUACUGACAUAUCUGGCAUGUGAAUCUUCUACUUGCAGUUCCCCACUUCAAAAUCUCACGGUUCCUGAAUGCUUCCAGUCUCUAAAAUAGUUUGUCUUUCCUCAUUUUGUUUCUGUUCUUCCCGCUUCCUAUUGCUUGCAGUAGUUGAGGAAUGCCUCGAAGAACAAGAGGUGGACUUGCAUUUCCAGCUUCCUCCAAUGCUGGGAGUAGGCAAUUGUGUUUUUAUUUUGGAUGCAGCAGAAGAAUGUACAUCAGUGCUUGAGCUGGAUCAUAAUCACACUGGAGCCUUGAUGCUGCGUGCACAGACUCUGGUCACCCUUAAGGAAUACCAAUCAGCACUCUUCGAUGUCAAUAGGCUUAUAGAGCUGAACCCUUCUUCUGAUGUGUACCAUAACCUUCAAGCUCGACUAAAGACACAAUUGUCACUAGCUCCGAUACCCGAAUCUGAAGAAGAAGCAUUGGAAGCUGAGCUCGAAGAAGAAGCACUGGAAGCUGAGCUUGAAGAAGAAGCGAUCGAAGCUGAGCUUGAAGAAGAAGAAUCAGUGGAGGUUGAGCUUGAAGAAGAAACAAUGGAAGCUGAUGAUCAACAAGAGAAAGCACUAGGUGCAGCAGUAAUCUCAGAUCAGAAAGCUGAGACUCGAAGCAAUAAUUCCAAACUCCCUGUACCACAGGCUCAGAGUCUUGAGCACUCUGAUUUACAUCCCAAAGGAUGGGAAGCAAUCCCAAAACCGAAAGGUCAUUCAGGCCUGGACUACUCACGGUGGGACCGGGUUGAAGAUGAUUCUAGUGAAGAGGAAGAUGAAGCAGAAGAUGUGCAACCUCAGUAUCGGCUCCGUGUCAGGACUGUUGGGGUGCGGCCUGUGAAAUGAGGGUCCCGGUUGGUGGUAAAUUAAAAUUUAACUGGAGGCCAGCUUCAUAUGAUAUGAGUCUGUGUAUGAAAGUUAUUGGCAAUAUCCACAGUGAUGCCGUCAAAAGCUGAUAAGCUUCUUCAACCGUCAAGUACUGGAAUGCUCAAUCACCAUCGUGGCUAUCAUUGUCAUCAUCAUCAUCAUCGAUGGAAAAAAAAAAAAAAAAAAGAGGAACUCAUAUGGAAUGUGAGAACUGACUUAGGGAAGCUGAUAACUCUCAUCAAGGAGAGUUCCUCAUAUGUGGCAAUGCCACUAUUCAUCAUCGCUUUCUGCCCCUCUGGCUCCAUCACCACCAUUAUUGGAGAGCUCAGGUACAUGCACAAAAUCCGGUGUUUCAAAUUCAUACUUGAGACUUGCUUCAGCAGAGGUCGGGGGCUGAGUCAUGCUUUUCUUGCUUAUUAGCAAACAACCAGGUUCAUGGGUUCUGUUCACCAGCGGCCUUAUAUUUUUCUUAUGGGCACGAUUCUGUACAUUGUGUUCAUGGGUUGCUGGUCCAAUCUGUUGAUCUGAUUGCCCCAAGAUUGGUGGUGCCCGUUGCAAUUUCCAAGAUGAGAAGAUCCUACCUAGCCUUUGUAUUUAGUCUUUUUCCCUUUGAAUUUAGUCUUUUUCCCUUCGAAUGUAGAUCGUUGCUGUAUUUUCUCUUGUAAACAUCUUGUUACAGACCUUCAUAUGAAGAUUUGGGAUAUUCCAUUCUGGAACAUUUCAAAGGAGUCUCCAUCAACGAGGCAUUAGACCAAUGGUUCAGAUCACCAGACCAUGGGGCCCAGAUGUCCAGUACAUUGGUAAACUAUGUCUUUGUGGAUUAGCAGAACCCUGAAUUCGUGGACAAAUGGUAUGUAACUUAAGAAUUUGCAGGUAUGAAAGCUUCUGUCACGGUUUGUUGCGCAGGACAUGUUUAAAGAGGCACUCUUGUAACACGACCUGUUAAAAAAGAAAGGCGCACUUGGGACACACUUGCGGUCUUUCUAUAAUAUGGUGCAGUUGUAGUGGAUCAGAUGGAAUCAUCAAUACAGAGUAUGUUUGGUGUUAUGGAGUUCUGCGGAGAGUAGCAGCUUUUGCAUGGCUAGUGGAAAGGGACAAGGUUUUGACUGUGGAUAAUCUUCAGAAACAGGGGAUGGUGCUUCCAAAUAUUUGCAUCAUGUGCAUGGUCUAUUUGGAAACGGUUAAUCAUCUAUUUCUUCACUACCCUUUUGCUAGAAUGUUAUGGAUUUUUUGUCUUCUCAAGUUUUGUCUCUUGGGUCACGACUCACAACUCUGCUGGUUACCAUCUUUUAUGUUGGCACAAUGGAGGUUGGAAAGGGGAAGAGAGACAUUUGGCGGCUUUACUUGUUGGUGGGUCUUUGGGUGAUUUGGGAAGAAAAUAACAGGAAGGUGCUUUAGGAACUUCAGUCAUGCUUUGGGGUGGGUCAAGAUGCAUGCAAGGGCCCUGGAUUAGGCUUUGUGCUUGGAUGGGAAUUUUGAAUGUAUUUAUUUUUUUGGUAGUCUUGGGUGGGGAUUUAUUAUUUAUUAUUGUUAUUAUUAUUAUUAUUUUUGUAUAGUUGGGUUGGCUGGCUUUGGCCUCCUUUUGUA